AUGAAUGGGGAGAUUGACAUUAUUUCCCAUCCAUCAAUUCGCAAAAUGUUUAUGGGAUCGAAUUCAUGCACUUCACAGCACUCCACUUUGAGCGUGCAACUUCCGGUUGUCGAUUCCACAAUAUUUCCAUCCCUGAAUGAUUGUGUUGAUUAUGAAUGUUCUUCGAGUGGUAUAUUGUCUGCAGGAAGCGAUCCAGCAUGCGAUGAAAAUACCGAGGGGUAUCGUAAUGGAAGUGAUUGCGAAAGGCUUGUUUCGAAAGACACAAUAUGCAACCGAUUGACCCCAUCGAAUUCCAGUCAACUUUCGCCGCUGAACUCAUCCACUGAAUGUUCUGGAGAUAUCCUCCCCAUGACAGAGUCAGGGGUAGUAACUGGCUCAUCUGGCUUCGAUAACACUCCGGGAAGUCAGUCAUUCCCCACAUCCACAGCAGCACCGGCUGGUUACCACAUGGACGUACAAGAGAAGAAGAUGUUUCCCAAUGUGAACCGUUUGGCAGAGGCGAAGGUACAGGAUCAGUCCAACUGCCCUACUGACGAUUCAAACAUUUUCUGUGGCGAUGUUACAUUUCUCCAACAAAGUCUGAAUCCAAAUACCGCCAGCAAUGAAUCGCAGAAUGAUCUGUUACUUGAACAUAGUGACGUGUCUAACCUACAUGCCUCGCAGCUACACAUGGACUCACGUGUUCCGAGACUUGACCGAGAUAUGUGCAACUUUCCUAUGGGUUUAACGAAGUCCAUUAACAAGACUCUGCCACUAUUUGUUUCGGGGGAUUCGGAAAACCCAUCUGCGGAUCGCGAGCAUGGAUUUCCAUCAACAGGACUAUGGGGACGACCUACCACGGUUGGAACAACUGCCGAAGACCUACGAUCCUUUGGAUAUACCGGAGAUUCUGUCGCCUCUCUGGCGUCAAAUGGUUUGGUUGAGCACAGUUCCACUGGUGUGGAGAACGGUUCCAACGCUGGAUCACAGAAUCUGAUGAGCGCUGUCGCUGCCGCAGCAGCUAAACGGGCCAUCACCGGUGGCCACCAGAGUGCCAAAUUUGGCGCUGUAAGUAGGCCUAGCACAUGGACGGAGAGUUCUUUAUCGACUGCACCUCAAUCUUCUUUCGGUUCCCUUGGAAGUAACAGUUGGAAUAUGGGUCACACCAACACAACCAAGGUAGGUGCCAAUGGUCUUGGUGGUAUCUGUCAGCCCGUGGCUUCUGGUGUAAGCCCUAUCGGAUCCAGUCCAACUCCAUGGGCGCAAGUAGUGACGCAGCAACAACCACCGCAUGGAAAAACUAACAAUGUCAACAACGUGUUGGGUAACAUGGGUUUAGCCAGUUCAGUCUCCGGAGGAAAUUGCAGUAUCCGUACAUCAGUCAACGUGGGUGGCAUAUCUACCGCACCCAGCUUCUAUACAAAUAACACCUGCAAGACGGGUAUUGGCAAUAGUGUUGCGGCUAAUAUGUACAGCAUGUUCCCAAAGAAACCACAACAUAGGAUGAUGGCGCACUGGCAACAGCAACAACAGCAUCACCACCCAGGUCUCCAACAUAGCCAUUUGAACAAAAUUCCCGGAGGUCUCCAGAACACUACAGGUCAGCCUGUUUCUGGCGGGCGCAUCCCAACCGCAUGUUUAGAUGGGAGUACUGUGGGUCUGAUUGGAAGUGCUUCCGGUGAUUGCAGCACCGUAGUGAACUACCCGAGCAACUUCAAUAGUGGUGGUUGUUCUGUAUUGCACUCAUUGUCCUCGACAAUCGCCACCCCUCCAACUAUGAACACAUUGUCCAUAGGAUCCUCGGGAGACUCUUUUGCCUCAGUGGCUUCUUCAAUUACGACAGCCAACAAUGACAAUGCUUCUUUGGAUACUUUCAAGUUUGGCUUAGAUCAGCAAUUAAUGGAAGUUAUCAAGUCGUUUGAAACCACCAAUAUUGGUAACACCAACUCGGGUGGGGCCAACACAAAUAACAAUAAUGAUGGUUCUGUCCUCGUUGGAGGCCUGGAUGACGUCGUCAUUCCAUCAUUCAAUGAGGUUGAUCAACAGUUUCCAAACAUGACAAACCUGAAUCAGUUGUCGGUCUUGAGUCAAGCCGUAUCAUCGACAAAUACUCCCAGUUUGUGUGGUAUCAACGGUGCAAACAACCACGCUCCAAGUAUUCGUAACUUAUCGGGUCCUUCCGUGUUCGGCACGAUUGGAAUGAACAAUCCCUAUUCUGUUUUCGCCAAUAUUCCCACCCGUGAAGAAGGAUACUCAAGGAAAGUAUUCGUAGGUGGUCUUCCACCGGAUAUCGACGAGGAGGAAAUCACCACGGCCUUUCGACGCUUUGGACCGUUGAUCGUUGAUUGGCCUCAUAAAACAGAAAGCAAAGCCUAUUUUCCUCCAAAAGGCUAUUGUUUUCUGCUGUUCCAAGACGAGCGAUCUGUUCAAAGCCUCAUUAAUGCGUGCAUUGUUGAUGAGAAUAAAUACUAUUGGUGUGUUUCUUCUCCGACGAUGAAAGAUAAGCCGGUGCAAAUCCGUCCUUGGAAUCUUGCUGACUCGGAUUUUGUCAUGGAUGGUUCUCAGCCGCUCGACCCGCGUAAAACUAUAUUUGUGGGUGGCGUUCCUCGGCCACUUCGAGCAAUCGAACUAGCGUUAAUUAUGGAUCGGCUGUACAGUGGCGUGUGUUAUGCUGGAAUCGAUACGGACCCAGAAUUGAAGUACCCGAAAGGAGCGGGUCGCGUGGCUUUCUCAAACCAACAAAGUUACAUUGCUGCCAUUAGCGCUCGGUUUGUCCAACUGCAACACAACGAAAUUGACAAACGAGUUGAAGUAAAGCCUUAUGUCCUGGACAAUCAAAUGUGUGAUGAAUGCCAAGGCGCCCGAUGUGGUGGGAAAUUCGCGCCAUUUUUCUGUGCCAACGUUGCCUGCCUACAAUACUACUGUGAGCAGUGUUGGGUUCAAAUUCACAGUCGCAACGGUCGUGAGUAUCACAAGCCGUUGGUGAAGGAGGGUGCAGAACGUCCACGACCUGCGUUGUAUCGGUGGUAAAGAUGUGAAAAGAAGGAUCGCGUCGUUGCAGACAAAGGCCGCUUAUGAAAUUUAUCAGCAGAAAUUCUACCCGCGUUUAUGAACCAAGGCCUCCCUCCGGUUGAUCUUCGAUUUCCCGCUCCAUUUCUGAUUUCGCUUUUGGGUUGUUCACAUCGAUCCAUCGUCCUGUUCUUCCUGCCUCCUUCGCCUCGCCGUUCAACUGAUCGAACUCUCAAUGUUACAAGAGAGUCUGGUUUAGCUGGCGAUUCCCCCGUCGGACAUCACUUCCACAAGAUACCCUUCUCGCGUUCUCACUACAAACCUGUCAUCUUUCAUUUGAAUAUCAGCUUCUGCUGCAGCGCGCCGUUCAUAGUGUGCCCUAUUCGGAUUCACUGUGGUUGUGGCUCGUGUUCAAGAGCCAGUGAUGGCCGAUUGAACAGUUGUUUGCCAUUCUCUAGUCUGUGAUGUCCUCUCCCUCUAUCUUUCACUCUCUGGUGUAGCUCCUCACUCCCAAUUCUAGGGUCUCCUUUAUUUGUUGCUUUUCUUUCCGUGUUUUCUAACUUUGUAAUGUUUGUUGUACGACCUCACUCAUGAUACCCCAUUUUCAUCGCCCUCUUUGCUUCUCUGUUGCCAUAAUGUUUGGGUGGACUGUGCUUUUGUUUCUUUCUUCGUUUUCCGUCUGUGGUUCUGUGUGUGCUGCGUUCAAAUGCACCAGCUAUUCGUAGUGCCAGCUGUGAUCGCCGCCCAGUUUUCUUCGUAGUUCUUACAUCCACCGUUCUUUCCCGCUGUUUACACUUUCUACUUUUUCUUUUCGUUUCAUUGCCGUCCAAACCUCUUCUCGCUUUCACAUGAUAAUCGCUCAAGCACCUGUGUGAACCCUGGGUUGUCCCAUCGUACUGGAAGAAUUGACAGACUGUCACCUGUGGCCAAAUGUGACCCCUCGUUUCCUAAUCCCUAUCCCCUAUACCCAACCCGCCCCGUGCACCCUACUCUGAUAUGUUUAGGUAGGGUACGACCGCGCGACACCAAAGAUCUUCCACACGUUCUUUGUGAUUUUAUUUACGAUUGCCCACCAAGGCUGUGCCACUAGCCAAGCACCUAAUUUUGUUCGCGGAUUUCUCAAUGUGCUGAGGUGGGCACCUGAUCGAUUCUCGCCAGGUUCUCCGAAUUCUCGCUUUUUUCCACAGCCUAUGCCACUUCUUUCCCCCCAUCUAUCACCUCAGAUCCCGUUACAUUCGUGAACUGUGGUCGUUUUGGUGGUUCUGUCGUUUUGUUUUCUGCUAGUUUUCUGUUACUCCGAACUGGCCGGUCAGUUUGCUUUAGGCACAUAUACAACCACUAUUUUUGUAGGCUCACUUCUCUGUGUCCUGUUUUUUUUUCUUGGUUUGCUCAUCAGGCUCCUCCUCAUGGUUUCAUAGCACUUUUCAUCCGCCCUACCCGUCAUUUCAACUGAGUAUUCUUUGUUUCUCGACCCGAGUCGUAAUCUGUUCUGUAGUGCUUGGUGUUGCCGGGGUGCUCGUGAUUCGCUCAUCUAGCCACAUGCGCACACAGCUGGAGCAAGGCGAACUGAUCUACACGCACUGACAAUUUGUGCACGUACGAGCGCUUGUGUCUGUCAUCCCACGUAUCAUCACAAUGCAUUUCUUAUUCGUAUGGUCUACCUACAGCUUUCACCAAACUUCUGCCCCGAAUUUUGGAAAGGCAUUUUGAUCUGAAUGCUCUCCGCGCGUCGUAAAUCACCAAACGAUCCGGUCGUGGGCUGGAUUUGGCUAUUUUUCUCCGUCAACUACACCGCCCCUUUCUUCUUUCCCUGUUAUUUUUAUUUAUCAACCCUACAGCUCAUUUCUCGCGCACAGACCAUUCGAAUUUCCCAACGCAUCAAUGCUUGUUCGCUUCUAGUGGUGAAUUAGUUUCUAUCUCCCUAGUCCAACUAUCUGGAUGUGCAUCUCCCUUGUUCGGGUAUGGACACUGCUUUCUAGUAAUAUGUUAUCCUCCGUGAGUUCACGCUCGUGCUACCUCGUUGGAUCGAUUGCUACCUAAUUCAUUCUUGGUAGUCGUUUUCCAGCUAUGGAGCUGUCUAUCGUCUCCCGUCUGUUUUCUUUCCUGCUAUCUAUCCACAAUAGUCGUCGCUCGGUUGUGAGUUCCAGUUUGAUCUCAACUACACACUGGACUACCGUUUGACUGAUCCACGGCGACCUCACCCUCAUAGUCGUUCCUUUACCACCCCGGCGCAGCCCCAAAGUUACUAUACAGCAUGGAAGGGCGUGGUCUAUCUCAUUUGCCUAGCUGCCUCACGACACAAUAAACCCUUGUGUGCAUUCUUUCCGCUCACUUUGGAGCCCCUGUCUGUCACACACAAUGCGGGAACAAUUUGCUGGUCUUAGUAAUGUCUGGUAAAUAUACCGAAGGAUGAUAGGAAAGUGUAUGUGAUCGCCGUUAAUUUCUAUUUGAUUUUGCAUCUCGCGCAACUUUUACACUCAAUUGUUGUUCAUUACAUUUUGGUACGGUUUGUUUGUUUGUUGUUUCUUUUUUCUAAUUUUUGCAUACCUCGGUUUGGCAAAGAAACACUUUUGAAAAAUAUUUUCGUAGCGUUUUUAUUGUUACGCCUGUGUUUAUAGAUUUUUCCGUCUAUUAUAUCCAUAUAAAGAAAAGCACACGCAUAGACUGGCCGGCUUCUCCACGUUCGGAGGAUUGCUUACUGUUCGGGCUUUUGAUGCAAGUUAUUAGAUAACCCAUUUUCAUUUUUACUUCCCUCUUGUUGUGUUAAAUCAGCUUUCGUACUACAACUUUUCUGAAUUUCUAUUACACCGUCGCUGCCACCGCCACCUAUGUUUGAGCCAUUCUGAAAAACUGCACAAAAAGAUAUUCAAUUCCCCCCCUGUUCUACAUGCUUCCCAAAACACUUUCCCGAACUAUUAUGGUUUCUGUUGUGUGGUCUUCUGUUCUACCCCUAGUCUCUGCUCUAUUUCGCAUUUCCUCCACUCUUAUCCCCUCGGACUAGACUUGCACAUCCCAUGCUGCUUUCGUAAAGAUGCGCCUUCCGUGGUCCUGCCAAUAAGUACGAAACGGCCGUGACAUCUGAUUGGUGGUUUGCUUCUCGUGCCGAGCUGAGGAUUCAAACUGAGUCCACACUCCGUGUACCACCAUUGCCACUAUUCUACCAACACUACACCACAAAGUGAUACGAUAUACCUAUACACUAAUAUAUCAUUUUCCGCUCGGUAUUUUUGUUUCCUCAACCAAACAUAACCACCCUCUAUAUGUGGCAUCUUUUGCCUCCCACAAGCACUUUCCAACUCACUCUCGUUCUCUUUGUCUCUCAAAAUAAACCCAGUUAUCGUCAAUGUGCAAUCAUUUUUGUCGAGGGUGGUUCAUUUCCAACCGUUACUGCCUACCGAUCGCAUGCGAUUUUCUACCGUUUUUCAUCUGGUUUAGUAUUUAAGCUAUUUUUAUAAUUUCUAUUGAUUUGAAUAUUUUUAAGUACUGUCAUCACCAAGGUGAAUCACCACUAGGGUCCGCUUUCCUCUCAGCCUCCCACUCCAUCUUUCUCCGAACAACAGCAUAACAGCAUCAUAAAAAGUAAACCCCGGGACGUUUUCAUGUAUUUAUUUCCGGUUCAUGCCCGUUUCCCCGCGCCACCUCAAAUCGGUGAGUCUCACUCUUCUCAACGUGGUGUGUUACUGAUUUUUCUAUUGUUUCACUCAGUCUGUUACACUCGAGAAAAUGGUCUGUGUAUGUCUGUUGUCACUUGGGAACAAGCCCCAUAGCCUAUCCUUCCGCUGUUCUCUUCAAAAUCUGUCCUCGUUCGCGUGUUCUUCAUCUCCGGAGUCUUCAGUCAAAGAAGCUUUGAGCUCGAUUAGUUUGUUUCUCCGCAAGACUUCUUCCCGGCUUUCCGUUUGCCUCCCUCCCUCUACCUAACUUAGCCUCCUAGUUUUCUUCAUCUAUGGUCCACAUUAUUGCAUUGGAUCUGUUCUAUGCAUGAACAUUUUCUGUGUUAUCACGAUUUUCUUUUGUUCAUCACAGUGGUAUAAAACUAUACAAGCUUUUUCGGUCA